ACUGUCCAGAAACUACUCCUGCAGCCCAAUAUAAAUAAGUGGGCAGGCAUAUGGGACUCAGGCUGCUCAAACUACACCCCCAAGAAGUCACACGUUGGUCACGCCAACCUUCAGAUCGAACGGAGUGUGAGGAAGUGUGAUUCACUGCUCUUCGCCAUCUAAUCUUCUUCGUCAAGGGCAAGCCAAGUCCAACAGAACUUGCUCCAGUGGCACGCCAAUUCCUCAUACAAGUAUAUUUAUACGCGAGCCAAUAGAUAUGACAAGUUCAAGUCAGUCGUCUUUGGAUGAUGAACUGACAAACGAAUCAUCUACGAUUUUUCCUACUAAUGGCAUGCUCAUAUCAACUGAGGGCUUGGAGCGAGGAGAAAGCUCAAAAGGACGAAAGCGUGUACGUGAAGCAAUAAGAUAUGCUAGCCGUACACCAGAACAAAUCCAAGCAAGGAGAGAACGUGUUAGAGCACGUCGGCAAAAUUUAACACCUGCUGAGAGGGAAAAGAUUAAUGCACAAAGAAGAGAGAAAAGACAACGAAUGGCACUUGAUGAGAGGAAUGCAAGCCAACGAGCACGUAGGCAAAGUUUGACAAUAGAUGAGAGGCAAGAAAUAAAUGCAUGCCGGCGAGCACGUAGGCAAAGCCUACCACCUGAAGAGCGGCAAGCACUCCUAGCUCAAUGUAAUGCAAGCUACGCAUCUAAACGAGAUGCCCUCUGCAGGGAUUCUGUUGCACUACAGUGCCCUACAGGUUCAUUGAUGGGACAUCCAUCAUCAAGUUCUUAUGUCUUUAGCCACCCAGGAGAUGAUGAUACUAUCCAGCACAUGGAACUCACAUCGGUGCAAUGUCCAACAUCUACAUCAGUGGACAAUCCAUCAUCACCCCAUGAUGGUUUCGUAUAUUCAGAUUCCCCAAUAGAAAGCUUUGUCGCCGAUGAUGAUGAUUCUCACAUGUCUGAAGAACAAGAUGAUGAGUACUUUGCAUUUGCUGGGAGAGGUGACGAUGAAGACUUGGUAGAUGCCUUUACAACAGACACCAUUGUCCCUGACCUAUAUGAUCGUGUCUACCACAAUAUACCUGUAAGUACUCACAUGUUGACACCAAAACCUGAUUGCAAUCACUGUGGUGCAAAGAGGUUCCAGUAUGAAACAAGUGGAUUUUGUUGUCGGUCCGGAAAGAUUAACCUAGCACACUCAGAACCUCCCUUGGAACUUCAAAUGUUAUACACAAGUUCAGAUCCCAAUGACGUGCAUUUUAGGGAGAACAUUCGGUACUUUAAUGGACACUUCUCAUUCACCACCCUUGGAGUCAGUCUGGACAAUAGAUACACAAACAUGAGUUCAGGAGUGUAUACAUUCUGAGCUCACGGUCAGAUUUACCACAACGUCUUCUCAUUUGGUCCAACUCAAGAUGGACCUAAGCAUUUGGAGCUCUACUUCUAUGAUGAUGAUCCCAGUUUACAACAUAGGUUUCGGCGCUCCCCAAACCUAGACCGAGAUGUCAUUCGUAAGCUUGUCGACAUCCUCAAGGAUAAUCCUUAUUCUGAGACAUUCAGGAAUCUAGGUGGAGUCGAUGACCUUGAGGAAUACCGUAUUGAACUAAACACCGACAUGAGGUUGGACCAACGGAGAUAUAACUUGCCUAUAUCAUCGGAGGUUGCGGCUAUUUGGGUUGAGGGUAAUGAACUAUGUAAGCACUUUGAUCGUAGCAUAGUACUGUUUGGUAAGGACAACAAGAGAUAUAGCAUCCAGCCAUAUUAUGGAUGCUAUGAUCCGUUGUCUUACCCUUUAUUCUUUCCAAGAGGGGAGAUUGGUUGGCAUCCCGAAAUCCCGAAGAAUGGCGUCAACUUGAAUGAGAUACUUCAAUCUCGUCGCAGUGGUCGACAUAGUCUAGGUAAUUCAUAUAACGGAAAUAGCAUGUGUUCAUUUUGUUUAUCCUCAUUGUACUUACUUUUCUUAAUAUUUCCUCUUGUUACCUCUCAUUUCCAUAGGUACAUAUACAAAUAGUCGAUUAUGCGUA